GCUGCAACAUACUAGCCACUAAACCAAAUGGUCUUCUGCGCAGAACUAAAAUUCUGCUAGGUGUUCCAAACAUCCCUCAAGAUAAUACAAUUUUCUGUAAGGACAGUAUGACGCAUCUGGAGUUUAAGGACGUAUUCUGGUGUACAGACCUCUGCCUGAAUACAGGAUAUGAAAUUAUUCUACAGAGAUUACUGGAUGGAAGGAAGACAUGUAAAGAUGUGGAGGACCUUCUCAAACAGAGGGCCCAUGCAGAAGAGAAAUAUGGGAAGGAGUUAGUCCAAAUUGCAAAAAAGGCUGUCGGACAGACUGAGAUUAACAAAAUGCGAGAAUCCUUUGAUAUGUUGAAACAACAAAUUGAAAGUAUAGGUAAUGCACACAUCGAGCUUGCAGAGAUGCUGAGACAAGAAGUACAGAGCCUGGAGGAUUUCAGAGAACGGCAAAAAGAACUUAGGAAAAAGUAUGAGCAUGCAAUGGACCUCCUGCAGAAGAAUAAACUGUCUUUGUACAAGAAGACAAUGGAUUCCAAAAAAAGUUACGAGCAAAAAUGUAGAGAUGCAGAAGAUGCUGAGCAGAUAUAUGAACGUCUAGCGCCAACUGGAAAUUCAAAGCAAGUGGAGAAGAGCCAGAGUAAAAUGAGGCAAUGUAAGGAUGCUGCCGUUGAAGCAGACCGGUUCUACAAAACCAAUAUUGGUCUACUGGACAAAGCUCGUAUUGAGUGGGAGACAGAGCACAUUAACACUUGUGAGGCAUUUCAACAGCAGGAGAUAGACCGCAUUUGCAUCCUGCGCAACUCAAUCUGGGUUCAUUGUAAUCUAUUUUCGAUGCAGUGCGUGAAAGAUGAUGAGAUGAUGGAGAUGGUAAGACAGAGCCUGGAACUCUGUGAUAUCAGUGAAGAACUGAACCAUUUCAUUAGGACUAAAGCAACAGGGAAAACCCCACCUGCUGCUGUAUAUUAUGAAGGUUACACCAGUGAAUACUCUCCUGGAAGCAGCAAUGGUUGCAGCAUCACUGGUAGCAAAAUGAUGAAAAGGAUUUCGAACCUACUACAAGGCUCUGUAGGAAGCUCCAGAAACCUGCCAGAAAUCACGUCCAGUCCAAUAACACAGCCUGUGAAAGAGGAGUCUGAUUAUGCGAGUAUACCCAUCCCUGCUGCGGUAGAACCAAAGUGUUUGGAUGCAAAUUCCCAGGACUAUAAUGUGCUGUACGACUACACUGCUCAGAACUCGGAUGAACUGGAUAUUUCAGCAGGGGAUGUGGUUAGAGUGAUUGAGGAGGGCAAUGAUGGCUGGUGGACUGUUGAAAGAAAUGGAAAAACAGGUCUGGUACCUGGUUCAUACAUUCAGAAGCUUUGAGAAAAA